AUGGUCGCACAAGUGCCUCUCCAAACUAGCUACCCUCUUGGACGAAGAGAUGCUCGAGCUGACGGCGGACAAACCUCUGAACCCACCACCCAUUCACGCCUUCUCGCCCCACUAUCUAACGGGCCAAUCAUCCUGCCGGGUUCUGCCACCCUGCUCACCCUCCUCACGCACCAAAUACUCACUAUCCACCUGAACCUCAUUUUGGCGGACAAACUCGUCCCGCAGGGCGUGCUAAACCUCAUAUCCAACAAGGCAGAACUCACCAUCGCGAAAAAGUCCCCCGGGAAUGCAGAUAAAAGCCAGGAAGAAAUGAUGCAUCUCACUGAGGAAGGCGCGCCGAAGGGGGUUGUGCGUCGUUCGCUUAAAACAAGGCGAUCCCUCUAUAUACGACCACGCCUCUGA